GAAAAUGAGCUUUUGUUUACUCAAACAGACUGCUGAGGUAAUAGUUUCAUCUUCAUUAUAAUGCAUUACCAACAGGAAGUAAGUUAAGCUACCGAUGCUGUGUGGAUGAGAGACACAAAAGAGAGUUGCAGCAGGAGAGCUGGAAGGUGAAGGCAGUCAACACCGAGAUCCAGACUCAAACAGAAACCAGUUGGAGACAAAAAGAGGAACACACGGAAUUCAUUUGACGAGAAAAAGCAAAUCGCUCUCUGAACGAGAUGCUGUCAGACCUGCUGAGUUCUCCCAUCAAUUACUGUUUUCGUAGCUAAAUCUGACGUCUGAUUAAUCAAGAUACAGUUUGCCACGCUGUGACCCAUCAACAAAAAUAAAUCACGGGAGGAUUUUUUUUUUAUCGGCCGAUCGGUGAUUUAUUUCACGUCUCAAAAACAGCACUGUUCACGAUAUUUCAGAGAAACAUGCGCCACUUGGGCGGGGGUGCUGAACGCUGAGGUUCUUACAGAGUUCAGCAUCAACAAGUUAUAAUCCCUGGUGAUUAAUGAUGACAGUGCUUCCUCAGAGGAAACAAACCUGAUUAUUGUGUAAUUAUUUCUGACUCAUGUCAUUCCAAUUUGAGCAGCAAAACACCGCCGCCGAUUAACGUCCACCGCCUACUGCAAACGCAGGGCGCAGUCGCGAGCGUGAGCAGUGCGCGUACCCGUCGUUCGUCCUCGUGUAACGACCUAAAACGCGCCCAAAUGUGUAGCUCGGUCCCCUGCCCAGCCCAGUCGAGCCGGAGCGUGCUGUCAACUGACGGUUGGUGACGCCCGGCAGCGGCGCGCGCUCGGUUUCAGGCGGCCUCGGCUUGCGCGUGCUCCCGCUGAAUAGGCGGUGGCGCGCUCUCGCGAUGCUUGGCCGCCGCUCCCGCGAGCCGGAGGGUACGACGGAGCCGCAGGCUGGAGAUAGUGAUGAGCGGGUACGUUACCCCGGAGCCUGAGACACUGCCCCUGCCAGAUGCUGCUUGACUUGCGGAAAAACUGAGCAAAUCUGAAGUUAUUUCUAAAUAUUUUACAAAGGAGUCUGUGUUGGCAAGAAUGACGUCAGAAAUCAUGAAUACAAACAGCUCUUCUGAGUUAUGGGCCUUUCCCAUCAGUGGAAGAAUCUUAGUAAUGCAGCAUUACUACUGCAAUUUCCUGUUCCGUGAAGGGAGAAGGAUGUUGAUCGUGAAUUGAGUGGUGCAGAUGUGGGAUUGCUGCCUUGCAAGAUACUAUGAUUCGUUUUAAACCAAGAAACCAUUGUACAACACCUUACUUAAUUUGUUGAUCAUUAGACAUCUGUGAAAUGUAUCCGAUUGUCGCUGUUUGGCAUUGGAUUGAGGGGAAGAAAAUGAAACAAAUUGUGCUUUGAUUAAAUCUAAAUUACGAUUUGGGCAUUAAUGAACGAAUUAGCAGUUGCUGGAGACCAUGCCAGGUAUUGUGAUAUUCAGGCGGCGUUGGUCAGUGGGAAGCGAUGACUUGGUGCUGCCAGGAAUCUUCCUCUUUCUUAUUCACACUACAUGGUUUAUAGUGCUUUCUGUGGUUCUCUUUGGCCUAACAUACAGCCCUCAAGAGCAGUGCUCGCUCAACCUGGUUGAUCAUGGCAGGGGUUACUUGGGCAUUCUCAUUGCCUGUGUGAUAUCUGAGGCUGCUAUAAUCUGGCUUAGUAUGCGAGGAAGUAUCCUUUACACAGAGCCACGAGAUUCGAUGCAGUACAUUCUGUACAUCCGUAUGGCAAUUGUGCUAAUAGAAUUUGCAUACGCAAUCAUAGGAAUUGUCUGGUUAGUGCGGUACUACCACUCCUGUAAUGACACUACUGCAAAGAACGUUACCUUGGGAAUUGUAACCUGUAAUUGGGUCGUUAUUCUGAGCGUCUGUAUAACAGUAAUGUGCGUCUUCGACAGAACAGGCAGAACAUUUGUGAAACUUCGGGCAACCAAACGGCGUCAACGCAACCUCAGAACUUACAAUUUACGCCAUCGUUUGGAGGAAGAGCAAGCCAGUAGCUGGAGCAGGAGAUUGAAAUUUUUUCUAUGUUGUACUCGUACACAGGACACACAGACUGAUGCCUAUUCUGAAGUUGCUUUUCUUUUUGCUGAGUUCUUUCGAGACUUGGACAUUGUGCCCUCCGACAUCAUUGCUGGCCUUGUAUUGUUACGUCAGAGACAGAGGGCCAAGCGAUUUGCUGUUUUGGAUGAGGCAAACAAUGACAUUUUGGCUUUUUUAUCAGGAAUUCCAGUAACCAGAAAUACGAAGUACCUCGACUUGAAGAAUGCCCAAGAAAUGCACAUGUAUAAGGAGGUAUGCUACUACAUGCACUUUGCACUGGCUGCCUAUGGCUGGCCCUUGUAUUUAAUGCGAAACCCAGCUUGUGGACUCUGCAAACUGGCUAGCUCAUGCUCAUGUUGCUGCUUUUGCCUCCCUCGACCCAGGUACGCCCCAAGUGUGACAGUUGAGGAAGACAACUGUUGCAACUGCAAUGUCAUUGCUAUCAAGCGUCACUUUCUGGAUGAGAAUUUUUGUUUAGUUGAUAUCGUAUAUACUUCAUGCCAUGAUGCGGUUUUUGAAACCCCCUUUUUUGUUGCUGUGGAUCAUAUGAAAAAGAAGGUUGUGAUCAGUAUUCGAGGGACUCUUUCACCAAAGGAUGCCCUAACUGAUCUGACUGGAGAUGCUGAACGAUUGCCAGUAGAGGGCCAUCAUGGUACUUGGCUUGGCCACAAGGGCAUGGUUCUAUCUGCAGAGUACAUCAAAAAGAAAUUGGAGCAGGAGAUGAUUCUUUCACAAGCUUUUGGCCGAGAUCUGGUGAAAGGUACCAAACAUUAUGGAUUAAUCGUGGUUGGACAUUCCUUAGGAGCUGGAACUGCAGCUAUUCUUUCUUUCUUGCUCAGACCUCAAUACCCUACACUACAUUGUUAUGCUUACUCUCCACCGGGAGGACUUCUUAGCUCUGAUGCUAUGGAAUACUCCAAGGAAUUUGUGACAUCUGUCAUCCUUGGAAAGGAUUUGGUACCAAGACUUGGCUUAUCGCAGCUAGAAGUCUUUCGUAGACACUUACUUGAAGUGUUGCAGAAGAGCAAUAAACCAAAGUGGAGAAUAAUCAUGGGUGGUACUAAAUGUAUUCCUAAAUCUGAACUGCCGGAUGAUGAAGAAGUGCCUAACGUUCAGAGUAACAGGCAAUGGACCUAUCCUAGUGACCUUACUAUUGCUCUUUCCGCUAGUGUCCCACUCUACCCACCAGGUCGGAUUAUACACAUCGUACACAACCAUCCUGAGGAAAAGUGUUGCUGUGGACAAGAAGAGUCAACUUACUAUGCUAUUUGGAGUGACAACAAGACUUUGGAUGAGGUCAUCAUCUCUGCUGCCAUGCUGAAUGAGCACAUGCCUCAUGUUGUAAUGGAUGGAUUGCACAAGGUGUUAGAGAAUUACAACAAAGGAAAGACGGCUUUGCUAGGAGCAGCAAAAGUCAUGGUCAGCCCAACAGAGGUGGAUUUGAAUCCGGACAUGAUUGUUCAGCAGCAGCCUCAAGCAACAAAACAUGGAGAGCAAAGGAAGAACGCCAGUGUAAAGAGUAACUCAAAAUCUGAACUGAGUUUUGAAGAUCUUUAUCAGACAAAACAGAAGCCGUGCCAAAAGGACUCUGUGGAGUUGCUUCUAAUGAACACAAAGGAGAGGCUGGUGACUGAAAUAGAGGAGCGCAGGGCUCCUCUUGCCACCAUGGAAAGUCUGUCUGACAAUGAGUCUAUCUAUAGUUUUGAUUCCCGCCGCUCCUCUGGAUUUCGCAGCAUAAGAGGUUCUCCGAGCCUGCAUGUGGUCAUGGAGAAAGAUGAAUCACAUUGUUUCUACAUUGAUCCAGCAAUUCCAGAGGAGAAUCCUUCCCUAAGCUCCCGGACUGAAUUACUGGCUGCAGACAGUUUAUCUAAGCAUUCUCAGGAGGUGCAAACACUUGAACCACUACAUAACAGCUGUUAUUCUCUGCCUAGUCCCCUGCAAGUGGAUCUUGGUGAGCAGGAGAACAAACAGGCUGCAGAGAUGGAAACGGAUAGUUUUUCAGAUAAGUUACCAAUAGAAGAAGACAGUAAAGAAUGGACAGAGAGUCUGCGAGAUGUGCCAAGUCCACAAGUGCUUGAAUUUGCUGAGUUUAUAGACAGCCUUUUCAAUCUGGAUGGAAAAAGCAGCUCCUUCCAAGAUAUUUAUCAUUUGGUACUUGAUGAUAGUUUAGAAGAAUAUAAUGAAAUUCCCAAGUCAGUAAGUGAGCAUGAGAUCCUGAUGCGAGCACAGUUUGAACCCAACUUAGUGCCAAAACCACCCCGUUUGUUUGUCGGUUCAGCAGAUGCUGGGACCUCAUCUGGGAUUUCUGUAUCUCCAUCCUUUCCAUUCAGUUCAUCGGGUGAACUGAUGGACAUUACUCCAACCUGCAUUAGCAGCCCGGAAUGCCUGACUAUGGAUACAAAGUUGAGAACUUCAACUCCAGCAGAUCAUCAACCCAAUUCUAACAAAUCUGCAGAAGUUAUCAUCUCAGCUCUUUAGAAUCUCUGUAAAGUACGUAACAAAGCAUAUUAGCAUGCUGACUUUGAAGUGACUUUUGCUUUAAAAAGCAGAACUGUGAAACUCAAAAGAUGGGUGCAAACCACUUGAGCCCAUAAUGGCAUAAUAAUAGAACAAGCCCACAAUAAGACCUGAUGGAAGAGGAAGUCAUGAUCCUCCUAGCAACAAUUGCAUUAAAGCCUGGAUCAAUACAGGAAAUGCAAUUAAUGUUAUUGAAAUCAGGCAGACUUGUGUUAAUCUCUUGAUUUAUAUGUGGGUUUUGAACAAGAUGACUAGCAAUUGGUUAACGAUUGAUAAGAGGGGACAGUAUUACAUUCCCUAAAGAGUAUUGUUAUAUUUUUGAGAUUGUUGGGAUUUUUAUUUGUAAUGUAGUUUCAAAGCAUCCAGAUUUGAAUAUAGGUUUCACCCAUUGCAUAGUUUGCAACAUCAACUUGACCAUUUAUUGAUAUGUAGCAUUAGUACAGAUCUCAUCAAUAGUAGGCAUCAAGGGAUUACAGCAAAGGAUCACUCAAAGACAUUUCAACUCUAUCUUCACCAUCGUGUUUCCAGUUUUGUUGGUGAUAAAUAGAAAACUAAAUGCCAUAAGUCUGAAAUAUAAACAGAAAUGAAAACUGGUCAGUCAAAAUUUGAAAGAGAAAAGUCAAGUUCAUUUUGCAGCUGACACAGUCUCGGAGAUUGGCAUUCUAGCAAAUUAAUGUGGCAGACCCCUCUGCACAUUUCCCAAGAUGGUCCUGCACUCCAGUAAUUGUGGUGAAAGCAUUUUCCUGAAGUAGUGGCAACCUGCCAGAAAGUGGAACAAGAGGCAGUUUACAAGUCUUUUGAGAACUCAUUGAUGUUUGAGAUUUUGAAGAUGAGACAUGGGAAACAGCAUUGCCAUGGAGAUGAGGUAGAUGCGCAGUGGGAAGCCAGUCAGAGAAACAAGAAUCAGCCUUAUACUAAUUGGUGAACAGAAUGGUAAGGUGCUCAUGUGUUGGCACACAAUGGUCACUACAUUGAGCAGAGCUUGCUGAAUGUUUCAGGACGAAAUGCUGAGGCAAUUGUGGGGACGUCAAUUAGGAAUGCAGUCUGUGGAACUGAUGGGAGGUCAGCCUAGGUCUGAGGCUCAUUUACUGUGAGGUGGCAACGAGUGUUGAUGAGGAGACAUUGUGCCAGGAGCACAUCGAGUUCUGUUGUGGAACGCAGAAAUGAUGCUGAAUGGCAAGGAGAACGUAAAGAUGCUGUCCUGGCCAGAGUUUGCAGGAAUCAAUUGCCUCAACAUGGCAGGGAGCAUUUCUGCUGGAAAUGCUGCAUGUAUUGAAACAGAUAUUCACUAAUAUGUGCACACUCAUGGCAAAAGAAUUUAUGCCCCAUUGGUUAAGUGAGCACAUCCUGCCCAUAAGCAGUAGUGCUGAUUUCAUUGCCACUGGAUCAUUCAUAUGUGAAGCAUUUCACAAGGUGCCAUCUAUUAUGGCAAAUGUUGGAUGCCCUCUGAGAGGGCAUUGGAAUCCACUAAUGUAGCAAAAUUGAUGAGGCCACUUUCAUGUACAGAAGGCCAUGGGCAGGAUGUCUUCAUUUUCGAGGUGUGGUUGAUUGCACCCACAUGCCAAUCAAGAUCUCCGCAAUUCAGCGAGUGGCAUUUGUAGAAAAUAUGCAAUUUAACUCCUUGAAUGUGCAACUUGUAUGAAACCAUUGCAAUCAUUUUCUGCAGGUGUGUGUAGGAUUUCCUAUCAGUUGCCAAGCUGUAUUCCUCUUGAGUCAAUAAGACCAUAGGAUACAGGAGCAGAAGUAGGCCAUUCAGCUCAUUGAGUCUGCUCCGCCAUUCUCUGUGAUCAUUGCAGAUCUGAAUCCUCAAUUCCAUUUUCCUGCCUUUUCCCCUGAACCUUUGAUUUCUUAUGAAUUAAAAGCCUACAUAUAUCAGCCUUGAAUUUCUUUAUCGAGCCAGUCUCAAUAGUCGUCUGUGGUAACGAAUUCCACAAAUUCCCUAUUCUUGAGAAGUUCCUCCUUUUCUGCAUCUUAAAUGUGCAAACCCUUAUUCUGAGAUUAUGCUGCCUGGCCCUAAACUCUCCUACAAUGAGAAAUAAGCUUUCCACUACUCCCUGGCCAAGAACCUUGGCAGCAGGUGCUCAGGCCACCAGAGAGACUACAUGGAUGGCUGCUGGAGACCAACAGUUAUCAUUAAAUGAAGGUUCUUGACACCUAUGUACAAUCUAACAAUGGAGGUACAGAGUUGCUACAACCUCUUGCAUUUCAGCACAAGGGCUCCAUAGAGCAGGCUAUUGGACUCCUGAUGAUGUGGUUCUGGUGCCUAACUGAUCAGGGGUGAACAGGGUGUGACCUUUCCUCCUAUAAACUCCUUGCAUGGUGAUAAUGAAAGCUGUUGACCUUGUGGAUGAAGAUGUAGAGGAGUGCCUCAUGUCUUCAGCGGAGGAAGAAGAUGUGAUAGAACAUAGUAAUCCUGUUCUGCAAGACCUUCUGGACAUGCGGCUGAGCUGUCAAACCAGUUACCAGAAUGGUGGAAGAGCCCAGACAGACCUAUACCAGAUAUGGUCUUUAUGAGGAAGGCUCAUUCUGGCUGGUAUUCAUAUCUCUGACAAUGAGCGGCCAUAAACAAAAUGCCUUCUGGGUAGAGUCAUCUCCUAUAAACCUCUAAUAAUGUCUGAAAGGCAUGCUGCCACCAGCUGAAAACCCUCACCUUUGUGCCACACGUCUACUUCUUGCUCAUGCAUUAAUGCCCUCAAAUCAGGGGGUCAUGAAAUUCAUGGUGUUGGCAUAAACCAUUUCAUUAAAUUGAGGACCCAUCAGUGAACAGAAGAAUUAAGAAAAACACCACUUUAAGAGCCACUCCUAUCGGGUGCUCUCUCUGUACUCUCAGCAGACUUAAUGAUGGAGGCAAGCUGAUCGUUUUUCUCUGUAUGAAGCUAAGCUGUCUGUGGCAUCUGUGAUCAGUGACUCAACACCGCUCCUGCUGACCUAUCUGUAAAGGGUGCCUCCUUCAAUAUCAUUCCUAGCUGCCCCAGAUCUUUCAAGAUGCAUGUGUGCAUCUGAGCAAAUCAGCAUCUUGACUGCAUCAGGUUGCCUGGCCUAGCAUUGGGGUGGCACAGUAGCUUGCACUGCUGCCUCACAGUGCCAGGGACCUAGGUUCAGUUCUAACAUUGGGCAACAGUCUGUGGAGUUCACACAUUCUAUCUGGGUUUCCUCGAGGUGAUCUGAUUUCCUCCCACAGUCCAAAGAUGCGCAGGUUAGAUUGAUUGGCCAUGCUAAGUUGCCCUUAGUGUCCA